AUGAAGUGCUCAGUGAUAUUAGGGAUCUUGGCUACCCUGGCGGUUAGCGCGAGGGCGCAGAUACCCAGCCUGGGAUUCUGCCCGGAGUAUCUGCCGAUGGCCGGCUUCGACAUGGAGCGGUUCAAGGGCAUCUGGUACGAGGCCGAGCGGUACUUCCAGCUGUCGGAGGUGGCGUCGCGCUGCGUCAUGUCCAACUACACCAAGGGCCCGGACGGCAAGUUCUACGUGACCAACGAGGUCAUGAGCCGAUUUCACGGGAUUUUCAGCACCGGCAUCAAGCGAGUCCUCGAGGGCGAGAUCAGGAAGCCGGCCUCGAAGGCGGAGGAGGGCAGGCUGCACGUCAAGUACACCACGGUGCCGCUGAUACCGCUCGAGACCCAGUACAACGUCCUGGAGACGGACUACGACAAUUACGCGGUCAUGUGGAGCUGCUCGGGCCUGGGACCGGUCAAUACCCAGAACGCCUGGAUCAUGACCAGGCAGCGCAUCGCAGCCGGUGAAAUUCUUCAGAAGGCCUACGGAGUCCUGGACAAGUACAAGAUCUCCAAGGUGUUCUUCGUGAAGACGAACCAGGACGACUGCGCCUACCUCGACAGUCUGCAGUCCGAAGCGGCCGCCAACAAGCCCAUCACCGAGCCGCCCAAGCAAUACGAUGACGAAUACGAGGAGGCACAGCCACUGAAGAAGAACGCCAUCAGGGAGAACGUCGUUCCUGACGCACCCGAGGCCGUCAUCAAGCAGAGGCGCGCCGAGAUCGCGGCCCAGGAAAAGGCUGCCGCCGAGAAGCUUGCGCUGCAGCAUCCGAAAAUCAUCGCACCCGUUGCCGAGCUUCCGCAGCCAGUAGUUGCCGAAGAGCCAAAAGUGGCGGUACCGGAGCAGCUUCCAAUUGUAGAGGCAACACAGGAGGUCGUCAAGGAGGCCGAGCCCAUCGUGCGAUCGGCGCGUCCAGCCGUAGCCGUAGUAAAAACCAAAGAGAUCGAACCGGUUGCCGAGGUGAUCAAGACUGAAGUUUAGAUUCGACGAUUAUUCCACUUAAUAUAACGCAUCUAAUUUUAAAUCAUACCUGCAUCUUCCUCGCGUGCGCGCAAAAGUAUACGCAUAUUACACAUACUACGCUUACUGUAUAAUGUGCUUUGACGAAAAAGACUUGCCAUCAUACUUCAUCAACAAUCUUUCCGAAGAAUUCAUUAAAAAAAAAAAAAAUAAAAAAAAAAUAUAAAUAAAUAUUCAAAGCUCGGAGCGGAUCAAUUAGACUGAGUCGUGUGUCGUGCGCGCGAACCAAAGUAUUAAAAGCUCGAUCCAUGCUUGCCAAUCCCGUUCUCGCCGCACCGCGACGUAUCCGCAGUCUCGCUCCGGACGACUACUCGCGAUAAUACAAUUUUUAGUAGCCUCUCUCAGCAGCUAUCGCUACACGUAUACGAUUCUUUCGUCCCUUAUACGCCCUAUACUCGAGUACUGUACUUGAUAUUACAUUUUUUUUUAAUAUACUCGUCUCGAUUUCGCGAUCGAGGCGGCACAGCCCACGUCGAGGGGUACAAAAAAAAACAAAAACAUAACAAUUGUAGCCGAAAAUUAAAAAAAAGGCCGUAAACGAAAUGUCGAAAAAAAUGCCAAAAAAAAACAAAACAAUCAAUCACAACAAAAUGCG